CGUGGAUCGCGAAUCUCAGGACAGCAGGCAGUAGAUGUCUGAAUCGGACCCCCGCCGUCCCCUCUUCACCAGCGACGCCUCUGAUCUCUCUGAUCUCUCCCACGCCCUCAACCAAGUCGGCGGUUCCUCACCUGUCUCCCCCAUCGCAAACCCCAGACAACGCCCCGGUUACACGCGCCUGCGAAGCAACACCGGUGGCUUCGAUGGUAGCCCCAUCCUCCACGAAGAGGAUGAGGACGAGGAUAGCGGAAGGGAGCGUGGAGGCGCGGGGCUAGGAAUCGAGACCCCCUUGUCGUCGUCGGCGUCGAAUACGGAAACGGUGCGCUCUCCAGCCUUGUCUGCGCGCCGGGUCUCCAUCCAGGCCAUACCUCGCGUGCCCGUCGGUAGUAUACGAAGGCCUAGUGUUGGCAAUGCUGGCCUCUCUCCGAACCUUACCUCUCCGCCCAUGAGCAGCGAUCCCCUCACCGGUGGCUUUCCGAAAUAUGAUAGUGUGGGCAGCACACCGGACUUACGGCGGGAGCGCGAAAGUCCUCAGGAUGACAGUGGGGACUACCAGGAAUACCGUCGAAGCGCAAUGAGAGGAGGUAGAAAGAGCGAGGCUACUGUCAGGUCAGAGUAUGAUAGUACACCGUAUGUGCAUAGUCAUGACACGGAGAGGUUGAGGAGAAGCAUUGCGCCGUCAAUUCGCUCGGCUUACGAGACCAACGACUUCCACCCACAACACAGCUGUCCAACGAAUCGAGACUUCUACACAUCUCGCUUUACUUGGCUUUCUGUCACCAUUCUCAUCCUCUGCCUUUUCUCUACUAUUUGGUCGGGUGUCUUUCUCGGUAUUGCUCUGAAAGGCCCCCGUUACGGUCGCACCAUCACAACUCACAGCAAGCUGAAUCCCUAUAGUGCUAUAAUAUUAACUGCCGUCAUGGCAAAGCUCAUCGAGUUGAGCUUCGUAACGUCCUUCGUCGCAUUCCUGGGUCAAGUCCUUAGUCGGCGAGCAUUUAUGAAAGAGCAGGGCAGGGGAAUUACGCUGGCAGAGAUGAGCAUGUGGCGGUGGGUUGUCCAGCCGGGAACACUCAUUACGCAUUGGCAUGGUGUCAGAUAUGCUGGCUUGUCGUUCCUAGGACUGCUGAGCUUGUUGGCGGCGGUGUUAGCGACGCUUUAUACGCCUGCAGCUAGUGCGCUUGUUCAACCACAGCUGCACUUUGGGGACUGGCACAAUACUAUUCUCGCAGGUCAGGUCAAAGCCUCUUUCGGAAAUCCCACCUACGUCGCAUCGCUAUGCGACACUCCCAUAUCACAGGGCAUGGACCCCUUGUAUGCUGGUUCGACAUGUCUGCAAAUCGAGCACGCCAGCCAAGGAUAUCACAACUAUCAACGCUUCAUGUCUUAUUGGACUGCAAUAUCGAGAGCUGGGAACGGUUCAAGUGACCUUGCAGAGAGGCCUAACGGAUUCGGCUUGCUGUUUGACAAUACUUCGAUUACGGCCUCCUGGGUCGAGAAAGUAUCCGUGGAAGACUCAUCCAAAAAGUUUGGAGGUCGCAUCGUCAACAAUGUUUCCCUUGCCAUGCCACACGCUAGCAUCUUUCAAGCAGCCAGGGAUGAAAGGAAUGGCAUCAUCCAGCCAGAUGAGCUUGAUGGACAGGGGAUAUACUCGAUCCGCGCAUCAAUACCCAGCCCGGUCCUUAACGUUCUCUGCGUGAAUAUGAAUCGAACUGACCUAAACCCGAUCGUAUACGAGACAUGGCCAAAUGCUAUAAAGCCAGUCAAUGGCUCCUGGGCCACCAUUGUCAACGAUACGGACAAGCAAACGAACAAUCGUACUGUCGUCGAUGAUUUAUUCGGAUGGAACUCUUCGGCGUUGAAUGGCCACCCGCCGGUUUUCGCAAAAUACCCGCUGGAAUACAACACAAUCAUGAACCAUACAUUCUACCCGUAUGGUCGAGAUACCGUAUACUUACUAGGGGCUGGUGUCAGCGGGGAUUUUGUUCUUUGCCAGAUGAGAGCUACGAUGACUCCUAGCUGUUCAACCCGGUAUAAUGCCACUGGAAGUGGAGGGACUAUGGAAGCGCUUUGCGAAGAGAAGGAUGACAAGCUUGCCUACAUCCGCAGCCUCCCAAAUGCCACUUAUGGCGAUAAGCAAACCGAUUGGGUAAAUAUUGCCGGAGAAUGGGCAAACAGUGUAUCGUUGAACGCGGGCAUCUCGGACGGCAAUGCUAGCAACGCAAGACUACUAACACAGCUCAUGCUCGCAGAGCCGGUGCUAAACAAAGCGCUUCCGAGUCCGGCAGAGGCACUGGCUGUCAUGGGAGGCUGUACGCUGUUGAUGAGCUCGCAGGAUACGCCGUUUGUUGAGUUUUGGAACUAUACCAGCCCCGGCAACAUCCUCGGCACCCCUCAAACCCAAUACUUCAACGCCUCCAUCCGCGCCCAAGAAUACGCAUCCGGCGCCAACUCCUCCAGCUCCCGUGGCUUCCUCCUCGUCCUGAUCGCUGUCUUCCUCAUCAACGUUUUCGUCCUCAUCUAUUUCCUCUUUCACAAGGGCCUCGUAACCGACUUUUCCGAGCCGCCUAACCUCUUCGCGCUAGCCGUCAACUCCCCGCCCAGCAAAGAUCUCGCGGGUUCGUGCGGUGGUGGGCCGGAAGGAAAGCAGUACCAGGUCAACUGGUUCGUGAACACCGAGGGUGAUCAUUUGUACAUGGAGCCAGGCGAAAAAUCAAUUGAUCCGCAGGAUAUGCGGAGGGAGGCCGGAAGCACGGGGUUCAGUUUUGGGCUUGGGAAGAAGCUUGGGAAAGGGAUGAGUCCAUUAUUAGGAGGGUUUGGGAAGAAGAAGGGUGGAAUGAGGCCGGCGAGUGUGCUGGGGCCGGAGCUGGAGUUGGAACCCACGACUCCGGCGGCGGCCAUGUAUGCGAAGUUGGCGAAGCGGAGGAGUAUGUUGUGAUGAGUAUAAGCAUAUGGGGUCAUGAUGAGGUUCUGUACGAUUUCUGGCAGAGCGGAGGGGGAAUGCGGUAAUGUUUUAUGAUAUGAGGAACGAAUCCCCUUUUGAUACCUAUCUAUCUUGCUGGCGUCAGCGUGGUGGCUUUGUGAAUGAUUGGUGAUUUGUAAGGGUGCUAUUUGUGGUCCAAAUGCACAACGCCGGAUAUGUAAUCUAGCAAGCAAAGAUAACACGAAGCAAUAGCAACGUAGGAUGUCUCGACGUUGGGCCGGCUUUAAAGCUGUCUUCCGAUUCAAUCACUAUGUUCGAGGCGGUUCUUUAUGGGAUGAUGCACCUAGAGC